GUGAGCGCUGCGUUCAGUUGAAUCAGGAUUGAAAUAACCCGAGACUCGACUAUACUGUACUAGUGGACGGAAUUAGUGUCCAAAAAACGCGGUUUAGUGCCAGACCGGAGGCGGUAAAAAUGUCCGAGAAUGGCGGCGACGAGAGCCUGGUGGAAGUGGAGACGGUAGAGGAGUCCUACGAAACUGAGGUCCGUCGUAAGGUCAUCAAAACCAAGAUGAAAAUCCAAGAAACUUCGUCCACUACAACCACCACAACAAUGACAACCCCAGCCAAGUUAUAUGGCAAAGAUCUCAGUGUGUAUGAUGACGUCGACGUAGACACCCUCUUAGAUAAGUUAACAGCAGAAGAAAUUAACAUAUUAGCCAAAGAAGUAGAUCCAGACGAUUCGUUUCUACCGCCAUCCGAAAGGACCAGCUACGAUUGUGAUAAGGACCCGACAGGACCUUUAAAUAGGAAAAAAUUAAUUGAGCACAUCAAUAGGCAAGCAAUAGAAACGCCGGACAGGCCGGAAUUGAAACCUUAUGUGGCGGGCACGGUGCGAGGCAAAAAAUGGAUCCCGCCACCUUCGGCUCAGAACGAACUAGAUGCAGAUGAAAAAAUUCAAAUAGAUUUAGGCGAUGAGUACGAGCAUGCAUUGACUAGUGCAUCGCAAGAGGAAAUUAUUGAUUUGGCAGCUAUCCUUGGCUUCCAUUCGAUGAUGAACCAAGACCAAUACCACGCGUCAUUGCUGAACAAAGGCCAACCGGUGGGUCUGGGAUGGGACGGCAUUACAAAAGCCCCCAAACAAAAAAUAUUCCCCAUGGAUCCGCCAAACAGUACUGACGUGGAAGAUUCAAUAAGACGGGUGCAAAACGACGACCCCAAAUAUAUUGAUCUCAAUUGGAACAAUAUUAAGAAUAUCUCUGACGAGAAAUUGACCAAUCUCUUUGAGGGUUUAGAACAAAAUACUCACCUGGAAACGUUAUCGCUGUCCAACACUGGUCUGACAGACCACAUUGCUGACAAGCUGGCGCAAGCGAUAGAGAAAAAUAGUCAAGUGAGGGUGGUCAAUGUGGAGAGCAACAAUAUUUCUCCUCAAGCCAUUGUGCGGUUGAUCAAGUCUCUGUUGAAACAAAAUAGUGUGGAAGAAUUUCGGGCGACCAAUCAGAGAAGUCAAAUAUUGGGUAAUAAAAUAGAAAUGGAGAUAACGCAGCUGAUUGAGAAAAAUCCAACAAUAUUAAGGCUGGGUUUGCAUUUAGAAUAUAACGAUGCAAGACAUCGGAUUGCUACACAUUUGCAAAGGAAUAUUGACACAAAACGACAAAAGAUUAAAGCAAAAUAUCAAAUCCACUUGGCUGCAAAAGGAAAAGCAAAAAUCAUUCGGACGGAAUAAGUUAAAAGUAGCCCGAUUAAAUUAUACUUUCCGUCCCGUCACGUCUUUAUUGUUUUUGGUGGAAAUCCGCUUUUCGUACACACACAUGUAGCAGGCGUACCUCUCUUCUCUUCUCGACAUCCAGGCCGAAAACGAAAAUGAAGAAUUUAGAGAAAAUUAGAAAAAGUAACAAAAAGUAUGCCAGUGUAAAAAGUGUACUCUUUUUGAGGUGAGAUUUUUCUUUUUGAACGUCGUAUUACAUGUCCUAAGCUUCAGAGGCUUAGUAAAGCUUAUGCUCUUCCGUUUUAAUUUAUAUUUUUUUUUUGUCUAAAGCUAGAUAUUUUGGCGCAAAAAGCUGUGCACUAAAAGAAAUAAAUGUAAUGCCUUAUCUCUCAUCCUUUUAUUUCUUUUAUGGACAAUGGGCCUAAUCAAUAUCACGAUUUAUCAAUUUUCUUUUCCAAGGUAGGUGACAAAAAGUCUUUGAUGGUGGAAGUUUAUGCAAAAAAUAAAGCAUAAUGUCACGAAUUCCGUUAAAACUCUCGACUAUUUUUAAAGAAGUAAUCGACUUCAAUCAAUUGUCGGUUUAACCUAACUUUUUACAGCAAUAUUAAUAUUUGAAGACUAAUAUUGACUCCUGGAUCAGCAGUCAUUCCUCUUGUUUUUUAUGUUUUUUUUUCUUCACUGGCUCAGUUUUUCUUUUUUCCUGUUUUAUCUGUUGCCUGUUUCCUUUGGUUUCUAGUUGAUCACUUUCAAGCUGUUCGAAACUCUAUUCUUGAUCCAUUUGAAAUCAUAGGCUUCUUACAGGAACUCCUCCAAGCUGAUAUUAUGCUUGCAUUGAAUGGGCAUGAUAGUUCUUAUGCAGUUUACCAAAACCAUGUUGUUGUAGAUUGAUUAUUGUAUAAUGGUUGGUGUGUUUAGGUUAUGGACCUCUCCGCACUUCCGUUUGGAGGACAUUAGGCAUGGAGCCAAGGGCUAUAGCUAGGUUCAGUUUGAGAGCUUUGGAGUAUACUUCGCAUCCCGAGCCAGUUUGAGUUUUGGAACCAUCACUGUAGAUGUUACUUACCCCUGCCACUGUGUUGUUUCCAAUGCCUUUCCUGUUGAUUGCGUUGUGCUUUUUGAAGAUGAAGCAUGGUGUUGCAGAGUCUACUGUGGCCUCCAACAAUGGAAGAAAGUUCGUUGCCUCACGCCAUAUGCGGGCUCUCUGUAAACCGACUUUUGCACUUGCUUCUAUUCUAGCAGUGCGGAAACGCAUCAUUGUGGUUGAAACGACCUCCUUGACAUAAGUUUACAGGGGCGUCAAACAUAGAAUUACUUCCAAAGCCCUAGUUGGUGUGGUUUUUAUUGCACCAGUUAUGUUGAGUCAUGGCAUUCUUUGAAUGUGAUCUAGUUUCCGGACUUCCCCUAUUACAUAUAUGGCUUUUUGUAAAGCCAAAGAAAGGUUCUGGUUCGUGGAAUGCUGUUGCACGUCCUCGUCUUGCAAGUUGGUCCGCUAUUUCACUCCCCUCGACUCCUUUUCAGGCUGGUACCCAUGUCAGAAUGACUCUAUUGCGAGACGCCAAUUGCUCUAGGAGUUGUUGGCAGUACCAUACCAGCUGGACUUCAUGCAUCUUAGUGCUGGCUGACUGUCGGAAUUGAUAUAGAUCUUCGCUCUUCGCAGGUCUCUUUCAAGACACUUUCUAGCGCCAAGUUCUAUUGCGCUUGAAAUAUGGUUCGGCUUUCUCCUAGGGCAGUCAAUCGUCUACAAAUUGGUUUGUUCGGUACUACAGUAGUGAUGGGAUGGGAGUAUGUACAAGAAUCGGGUAAUAUCCGUUCGAAAUUUGGAACGGUUCUGGGAUUGCGCAGAACUGCUUGCGCACAAAAAAUAAUGGAGGAUAGUUCUAAUACUAAUUCUGAACCAAAAAAAAAACAAAGCAAACCGCAAAUCACAAAAUUUUACAACAGUUUCUCCUUCAGAGCAAGAACUGAGUUCAAGAACAAUCCCAGAAUUAUCGUUCUUAUAUAGUUCUAAACUCGGUUCUAAAUAAACCAAAAUGCUGUCAAUACAGUUUGAGUACGAUUCCGAAAUAACGAAAACGCGUUUUAUAACAUGCGCAUGUGCAGAUUGUGCAGAAUGAUUCCGAACUAGUUCUGAGUCAAACCAAAACAAAACUUUAAUAUUGUUAUCAUAUACUGCUGGGAAGUGCGAGCGAAUUGACCGACACUGUCACUCACUACACUGGAUUCGAUCGGUGGUGGAAGUACUCGGUACUUGGUAUUCAAUGGAAUAUUCAACUCCACAAAGCACUCGAUUCCUCGGCAUUCGAUUCUUGAAAAUAGCCGAUUCUUCCUAUCAAAGGUACAAUAUUUUCUCCCUUGUGGCCCUCAAUAGUCACUUUGCAGGAGUGUUCAAAUUCGUAGUUGUGUUGAUUCUGACCAACUGGUUUUGUGUUCACAUUUAUGCAUUCUUUCAUAAUGCUCAUGUGUCCGCCAAAGUCCCCUUCCUUUAGUUUCAAGUACUGUAUUAUUCUCGAAGCUCCGCACUAAUAUAUCUAGUGAGGGGAGGCCCAACAUAAACUCCAUUGCAGUGCUUGGACAGGUAUCAAUUAUUUCAAGGAGUGGAGGUCCGACACCUUUCGGUGUGCGAAUCUUGCUCUAGGUAUUCGAACGGUGACCGAGUGGUGAACUUACCGAGUCAACUUCUGCAUCUUGUUCGUUUUCCAUAAUAGACUGGAGGACAUUCCCAGAAAUCGUACUCUAUUUUACUCCGAGCGGCAUUUCGUACGACAUUCGGCAACUUGACGUUUCUAGGGUAUUUCGACCCCGCUGAAUCCGAAUCCGGAUGUUGCCAAGCCGAAUUUUGCCUCCAAACGCCUCAAAUCCAAAAUGGCGGCCAAACCAAGGGCUUAAAUGACAUUUUUCUUAAAGUGUAUCGUUAUUGACCGGCGAGAUGUUGUUUCAUAUGUUUUUGGAGUCGCUGAACAUGAAUAUGAUUCGAAUACCGGAAGUACCAUAAUUCAAGAUGGCGGCCGUCGGGGGCCUAAAUACAGAACUUUCAGAAGUUGGCAUAUUGUCAAGUGCGGCGUAUCGGCACAUAUGUUUUUGACGACGACUAGAUCAAAAAUUAGCACCAGAAAUCGAUUAGGCAACCGGAAGUAGAAUUAUCCAAGAUGGCGACCGGUUGGGGCCCAAAUACCAAACAUUAAAAAGUUGCUAUAAUAUGACGUGCUGGGUAGGACCACAAGUGUUUUGGAGGUCGCUGAACACGAAUUUGAGAUUUUUUUAUGAUUUUUGAAAUUUUGUCUAAAUUUUUAUAUUUUUCGAACAUUUUUGUGAUUAUUUGUGAUUUUCAUUGUUUUUGUGAUUUUCUUAAUUUUUAUGAUUUUUGGAACUUUCGUUACUCAAUUUUUAUGAUUUUUGUCAUUUUAUGAUUUUUGUAAUUUUUUCAAAUUUUUGUAGCUUUUUGUGAUUUUCAUUAUUUUUUGUGUUUUUUUAAAUUUAUAUGAUCCACACUUAAAUUUGUUGUAAAUUUUCAUGAUUCUUGCAAUUUUCGUAAAUUUUUAUGAUUUUUUUAAAUUUUUAUAAUUUUUGAGAUCUUUUCAAAUUUUUAUAUUUUUCGUACAUUUUUGUGGUUUUUUGCGAUUUUCAUAAUUUUUUAAAUUUUUUAAAUUUUAAUGAUUUUUGUGACUUUCGAGAAUUUUUAUGAUUUUCUUUAUUUUUUUUUUUAUUUUUAUAAAUUUUAUAUUUUUGUAAAUUUCCAUGAUUUUUAUGAUUUUCGUAAAUUUUCAAGAUUUUUGUAAUUUUCAUAAAUCUUUAUGAUUUUUUGAAUUGUUAUGAUUUUUGUAAUUUUUUCAAAUUUUUAUAUUUUUCGUACAUUUUUAGGGUUUUUUGUGAUUUCCAUAAUUUAUUUUUUUAUGAUUUGUUUUUUAACAUUUUUAUGAUUUUCUCAAAUUUUUGAUUUGUGUUUUUAGUAAACUUUUCUGGCAUUUAGUGAUCGUAAAUUUUUGUGUUUUUUAACAUUUUUAUGAUUGUCUUGAAUUUUUUUGAUUUUUAUAAAUUUUAUAUUUUUGUAAAUUUUCAUGAUUUUUAUGAUUUUCUGAAUUUAAUUUUUUAUGAUUUGUUUUUUUAAAUUUUUAUGAUUUUUGUAAAUAAUUGCAAUUUUUCAAUUUUUUUGUUUUUUGUAAACUUUUGUGGCUUUUUGUGAUUUUUUCUGUACUUUUCUUUCUGUAAAUUUUUGUGAUUUUUAUAAUUUUCAGACUUAUGAUUUUUUAAAAUUUUUAUUAUUUUUUGAGUUUUUCGUAAUAAUUUGUGUCACAAAAAAUUACAAAAAUCACAACAAUUAUGAAAAUGACAAAAAAUCAUAAAAAUCACAAAAAAACAUAAAAAUUCAGAAAAUUAUAAAAAUAUAAGAAAAUCGCAAAAAAUAUAAAAAUUAAUUAAAUGUUGAAAAUUACAAAAAUUCAAGGCAAUCAUACAAAUUUGAAAAAUUACGAAAAUCACAAAAAUGUAUGAAAAACAAAUCAUAAAAAUCUGAAAAAAUAAAUUAAAAUAAAAAUUUAGAAAAUCAAAAAACCUAGAAAAUUAUGGAAAAUCACAAAAAACUACAAAAAUGCACGAAAAACUAAUUAUAAAAACUUGAAAAAAUUUAAAAAAUUAAAAUUUGAACAAAACUACAAGAAUCAUAAAAAUUCAGAAAAUCAUGAGUCAUAGAAAUUUACAAAAUCAUAAAAAUUUAAAAAAAUGAUAAAAAUUUACAAAAAUUAUAAAAAUCUACAAAAAUCAUAAAAAUUAACAAAAAUUACAAAAAUCAUGAAAAUUUCAAAAAUCAUAGAAAUUCAGAAAAAUGAAAUUUCCCAAAAAUCAAAAUCAUAAAAAUUCACAAAAAAUCAUAGAAAUUUAUGAAAAUUAAAAAUCAAUAUACAUACAUAUUUAAUGAUGUGUCAUUUGACAUUUUUAACUCAUGUAAAUUCUGAGUUCAAAAAUUGAAAAAAAAAAAAGAAUUAAACUGUCAAAACUUGUCAUUUGUUUAUUAAGUAGAAAAAGAUUCCACUCUGGUUCUUCUCUUGAGGUAAUUUAUUGGAUAGACAUCAAAUUUUGACAGGUGUCAAAAUCUAAACCCUACGUAUAAUGCCAUGGAACAGAACUAGAUUAGAGUAUUUUCCCAAUUGAAGCUAUUGUCAGAUCCUGUCUGCUGUCAAAAUUUGAUAUACCUAUGAAAGCUUUGUUUAAUGUUUUAUCACCACUAAACUAUCUUAAAACGACAAAAAACCAUGUUUAAAUUUUCAUUUCUACUAAAACAAAUGACAGGUUUUAACAGUUCUGAAUUUUCCAUAUUUUGAACAUAAUGAAAUAUUCAAAAGUGACAAUUCGUCGUUAAUUUCACUAAUGGGCGUAUAUUGAAUUUCUCAAAUUUUACAAGCGUAUAUGAUAUACGCCUUUUAGGAAGAUGCAUAUUUCUUGUUUCAAAACAUACGUCAUAAGAAAAAUGUGUAUAACUCAGAAACUAGUAGCAGUUCAUAUGCGCCAAUUAGAAGGCGUAUAAAUUUGAUGUUUUGCGACAUAAAUUCCCUGAAAACGAAGAAUCGUCUAUUUCUCAUAUACGUCCCUUUGUCAAAUUAACGACGAAUUGUGAGAAAAAUGGGCGCUAUCGUUUGGCAGGGUUUUGACAGAUGUCAAAAUGGUUGACAUUUUUCGAUUUUCCAUGGUCUACUUAUCAGGAAUCGAUAUUUGCCUCAUCAAAAUCUGCCAUAGUUACCUUGCUUUUGAAUAUUAGAUUCCAAUAUUUGACAGCUGAUACCGCCUCACCUGUCAUAUAUACAAGGUUGCGCUCAUAGUAAAAAAUGUUGCUUACGGCAUUUAUAAUAACAUAUUUAAAUUUCAUCCAAAUAUCACGGGUAACCAAUUUCCGUUUAAAUAUUCCGGGGUCCUUUCACUCUAGUCAGGACUAGAGUGUCCGGUGCGCGCACCAGUACGUGACAACCACCUUUCCGAACGUCGAAAACCGUGUGAUUUUUAUCCACGCUUCGCCUUUUCGAACGGCAACUAUGUGAUUUUUAUAGGAAACUCCAGGUUCUCGAACGCAACCCAGCGUAAGUCACCAUGGGUCUUAUAACCCCACCAAAAAAAAUGGUCGGGAAAAAAAAAUCGGGAAAAAAAAUUGCCGGGAAAAAAAAGUCGAGAAAUAAAAAGUCGGGAAGAAAGAAGUCGGGAAAAGAUGAAAUGGUUGGGAAAAGAAAAAGUCAAGAAAAAAAAUGGUCGGGAAAAAUGAAUCGGGAAAAAAAAAGUCGGGAAAAAAAAAGUCGGGAAACAGAAAGUCGGGAAAAAAGAACUUCGAAAAAAAAAGUGACAAAAAAAACUCGGGAAAAAAAAAGCCGGAAAAAAAUAGGGGGAGAAAACGUGGGAAUCAAAAAUUGGGAAAAUACAAAAUUUACAAGCGAGCGUUUUUAGUACUAGAGCGGCAAAGUAAAGGUCAUCAGGAAACGCCUACUUUACGAUCACAAAUCUAAUCGACAAAGCCUGCGUUCUAGGGCGAUUGUAGGAAAACGAAUUUCCGAAUAUUCUCGUGUCAACUUUUCCGCAUAGUUUAAUUCCUGAAAAGCAAUGUAUUCUUUCAGGAAAGAUUUAGGCCAGAAUAUACACUUCUGUAUUGUUCAUACCCUAUUCGCGAAAGGCCCCGAAGUAGGCGACAUCUAUGAUCAACUUUGGUACUCAAAACUCAGUGAACAACAAAGCAAGUUUGCAUUUGGCCCCCGGCAUUGUUUCUGGAAGUUUUCAAUUUUCUACAGAAUAUUAUUCAUUUUAUGUAUUGUUUCUGUUAUAUAAAUCACAGAAACACCAUAAAACACAAUCUUCUUGGAAGACUUUAUUUAAUUGGGAAGUAGUGACAUAUUCCUGGGAAUUAUAAGUUUUUUUCUGCCAACGAAUUAAAAGCGUAUAAAGAAUGUUUCUUCGAUAACAGCGACGUUGCGAUUAAUUUGUUUAUUUCUAAUUUUGAACGAUUAGUCGUGGUCUACAUGGUGGUUUUUCUGGAAUUUCGAACAAAAAUAAUUCACCAAAAGCUAAUCUGCAGGCAAUUUCCGCGAGCAGGUGAGCUAAUGUUAAUUAACCUAACCGCGGGAAUUUCCGGUGCGUCCCCGAAACCCCAAUUUUCUUUGCACUAAACUGACAUGAAAUCAUGGUAGAAUUUUCAGAGAGGUAUAAUAUAAUGAAGACAUUUUCAAUAGAAUGAGAGCCUAACAUAAAAACCUAUCCGCAUCCAAUAUUAGGACAUGUAAUACGACUUCAUUACUUGUGUAUAUUUAUUAAACAAUAUAAUUAAUUAGUUAUAUUUAUACGUGUGUAAAAAAAAUUGUUAUUGUUUCGAUAUGCAUGAUUAAAAUAAACAUUAUUUUUU